UCCAGCCGGACCAGCCCCGUCAAAGACAUUCGCUUCUUACGAGAAAUAUCAGCCUUCUGGCCUCUGUUCCACCAGUCACUCGCUACUAACCAACAGCAAUCGUAUUUUCGGGCAGGCUCCGCCGAGCUUUGAGUUCCAUUUCGGCGGGUACGAGGGGACGCGAACCAGAAUACACAGACACAUUUUCAAAGCAGUACACACCGCAAUAUCGGCCAUCGUAGUGCUCAAGAGCAGACAUACCACCUCACAUACGUCUCGCGAGACAUAAUAUCACCACAAUGCGGCCAUCCGAGCUUGUGGCCAGCAUCUUCCUCUUCUCCUCCGCUUGCGCAGCCUCAGGAGCAGCGUGGGCACCCGUUGAGGCUUUCGAGAACGAAAUUGCGCCGCUUCUACGACGAGACGACCAGUCGACAUCGUACGACCUCUCUUUCUCUGCCAAGCAGGGCAAUACCGCCACUACAGAGAGCGAUACCAAAGCAACGGGCGAUGCGACAACGACCCGCGACAGCAACGAUGCUGCAACCACUGCCACUGCGACGGGCGAUAGCAAGACCAGCGAGGGAGACAAGACGACGGGAACUGCGAAGAACACCGGCACCGCCACCGCAAAGUCUUCCAACAAGAGUGGCUCGCAGGAGACGAAGACUUUCGAUGCCAGAUUACCAGCUGGUGGCGUGUCGAUGAUCACACCAAACGCUCAAUCCACCUCAUACUACAAGAUCAAGGACUACAUAACCUUUGCCUGGAACUACACCUCUCUCUCCGUUACUCCCUCGCGAGUUGACAUCUUGGCCUCGUGUAGCAAAAACCAGGAGACGUACACAAUCGCUCUGAAUCAGUCCGUGCAGGCGACUCAAUCCGUGAUUUGGGACACUGGCGCAUUCCAAGCCAGCGCAACAGUGCCACUGCUUACUGAGACAUACACGCUCAUCAUCCACGAUGCGGCCAAGGACGUCAGCGCUACGCCUCAGGCAGGGUAUUUGGCGACAUACCAACAGUUCACCUUUGGCAUGUACUCGCCCCAGCCAUACACUCCAAUGUCGGAGUACGUUUGCGCGACGUGUAACUCUGCCAUGAGUUUGGCCGAGAGGCAGACGUUGAUCGGUCUGCUCACACUAACAGGUAUCACGGUGCUCACCUUCGGGUGGUUCACUGGUGUGGCAGGUCUUUGGUGAGGCGGAGAUCGUCGUGUGGGAUGAAAAUGAGCUAUCUGUGCAGAAAGCAUUGCGUUGGCGCUGGGGUUUAUUUCAAUGGUCACGACAUCAAACAAAAUGGGACAUUACGAGGUUCAGGGUGUUCGGGAGUCAUAAGUGGCAGACGAAGAAGUCAAUGAAGUACAUGUAAUUAAUCACGUACAGUACAUCUAAUUUGGAAAGCCGUCAUCUGAAGCCG